AUGGCGCACAAGGAGACGCUCUUCGCCGUGGUCCGCAGCAUCAAGAGCGGGCCUCGCAAAGCUUCCCAGGCCGCCUCCAACCUCCUUCGACUGGGACUGGUCGAAACCGACCGAGACCACCUGGCCUUGAUCCGGGCCCUGGGAAGGCAAGGUGCGUGGGCGGCCUCCUUAGAGGUCUUUGAGUCCAUGCAGAAGGCCCAGCUGCAACCCAGCGAUUUGCACUGCACCGCGCUGAUGCGGGCCUGCACAAAAGGUGGAGAUCCUGCUACGGCGAUGCGUGUUUUUGCUGAGGUUGCCGAGCCAUCUGCAAUGGUGUUUGCCGCUGCCAUCUCGACCUGCGGAGCGGCUGGAGAUUGGGAGAUCGCUCUGGACAUAUUAUCUGCAAUGGAGGACGCCGAGCUAAACCCAGACUUGGUGUCCUUCAAUGCAGCCUUGGCGGCCUGCCAGCGGGCCGUGAAGUCCAAGCCUGCGCUGCGGCUGCUGGAGGAGAUCCGGCGGCGCGAGCUGCAGCCUGAUGUGGCUCUGCAGGCAACGCAGGAACCUAAGCAGAAGACCCGGAUCCUAGCUCCAAGCACCUUGGAUUACAGUACGCCCGCACAAGCCUCAGUACAGAACAUCACCCCAACAGCAUCAGAAGGGCCGUGUCUGAAGUCGACCUUGAACCCUUUCCCUGACUUUAGCCUUCGGCCCCCCUGGGAGUCCGGAGCGGCUACUGACGCUUCGCGGGUUCACCUAGGUGGUGUCCUAUAG